AUGAGCUCUCAGGCUCGUCCCUUGUUUUUCUGCAGCCGCUCCAACGGGUCGCUGACCCCUCUCAUCGCACUUGAUGACCUUCCUGCCGGUGUCUCUGUUCAUGGUGUUUCCCGCACUCUCACUCCCGGUGAAACCCAGGGCAUGAUCAGCUGUGGUGCUUCCGAGCCUCGCUCUGAGCCAUGGACCCUUGAGGGUGUUGCUCCGGUCGGCCAUGGUGCCAUCGCCAACGAUGAGGACUUUACUCGGCUGGAAGCCGUCCUGCUCAAGGUUAUGGCUGAUGAAACCCUUCCCACUCACCUGCGUAUGGCUAUCAACGGAUUCCUAUAUCAUCACCAUGGUGCUUCCGUUCCCACUGCGGCUCCCCUCACUGAGGCUGUGACUGGUCGUCAGUCAACCGCACCUGUUUACCACGGUAACACUCGCGGCAGCGGUGGCCACAAGCAGGGCUUCAACGCUAAGAAGGAGUUCUGCUCUUACUGGAUCCGUCACGGUGAAUGCGACUACCAGCAGCAGGGUUGCCUGUACAAGCACGAGAUGCCAAGUGACAUCACCCUGUUGGAGAAGCUUGGUCUUCGUGACAUUCCUCGCUGGUACCGCGAGAAGUUCAACGUGCCUAGUCUGCUGCAGGCCAACUAUGGCAACAAUCACCGCGGACAGCCCCAGCAAGCUGCCGUCGAUCAGCCCGCCCAGAGGGCCAUCCAGCACCAUCCUGCCGCUAUCAACGCGAGCACCACCGGUACCUCUGUCUCUGUCAAUGGCACCACUAACGCCGCUGACAAUGCGAGCACCGCUGGCCCCUCUGGCCACGCCAAGGGCAUCAAUAACACCGCUAACAACGCAAGCACCACUGGCCACUCUGCCCACGCCCACCCCAAUGGAAAUGUCACCCAUAAUACCGGUAACAACAACAAUGGCAACCACCCCGGCCACGGUCACCCUCACCCUCGUGGUGGUCGUUACAAGUCUCCCCGUGGUGGUGGUUUUACCGCCGCCGGUAAGGGCGGUGGUAACUUGAACUGGGGCAAGAAUGGUCGCAAUGGUGUGAUUCCUCCCCCCGCCAACAUCGUCAAGGCGACUCACGGUGAUGAUACUCCGAGCACCGAGUCUCGCCCUACCAGCAGCGGCUCUUCGUUCAGCAUCAGCUCACGCCCCGGGAUGGACCUUUUGGCCAGCCCCUUGGUUAAUCCCAUGACCAAUAUGACUCUCACCGGUCAGCCAACCCUGGACAAGGAGACUAUGGCCCGUAAGACUUCUAUGACUGCUCGCCUUCGCCAGCUGACCCCUGAAGCCUCGUACGCGAGCCCCGUCCCCAAGGAGGAACCCGAGCAGAACUUCUUCCGCACCAAGACCCGUCGUGUCUUCAGUUUCGGCGCUGAUGGCGACAAGAUCGCUGCCGCCAAGUCCAAGGGUGCUGCUCCUUUUGAUCCAUUCGCCAGUCUUACCAAGGAUGAGACUACUGAGAAGACCACUGCCCCAGCCUUGACUCCUAUGAUCCGCAAGCUCGUUGCUACCUCUCAGCCCAUCGAUCCCAACGAGCCCCUGAUCAACUGGGGCCCCAUUGGCGCCCCCGUUCAGCGCCCUGCCCCCGCUGUCAACACCACUUACGCAAUGGCUCUCAUCAACGGCCAGGUUCAUACCGGUGCCAAGGGUCAGUCUGCUUAUCCCUAUAUGGGCCAGCACUAG